CCCUGCAGACAGACAGAGAGGAACUCGGAGCUCAGAGUGGAUGCAGCUGAUGAAGAGGACUGAAGCAGUCUGAGGAUCCAGUCCGCUGAGGUGACGGCGUGAUGCCUGAAGACUCUCACAGCUCCACACAUGGCGUCCCAAUGGAUGAAGAGUCCCCCCACCUCUCCACCGCCUCUGUCAGCAGUAAUGAGCGUGCGCCAUCGGCCACGCCCUCCGACUCAUCGGAGCCCCGCCCACUGAGCAUCAUCUCCACGCUGUCCUCGGGGUCAGGGUCCUCCCGAGACGAAAACCCCGCCCACGCGCCGUCCGCCCAGACCCCAGACGACGACCUGGGCCUUGACAAGAGGGGGCGGAGCCUGGGCCUCAUAAAUAAUAACAAAAACAAAGAGACUCCGCCCACUCACCAGCAGACCUUCAUCAUGGCUCCUCAGCUGACCUACCUGGACCGUGUCAUCAUGGAGAUCAUUGAGACGGAGAGGAUGUACGUGAGAGACCUGCGCAUGAUCGUAGAGGAUUACCUGGCUAACAUCAUCGAUCAGUGCGACCUGUCCAUCCGUCCCGAGCAGGUGUGCGCUCUGUUUGGAAACAUCGAGGACAUCUACGAGUUCAACAGCGAGCUGCUUCAGGCUCUCGACAUGUGUGACAACGACCCGGUGGCCGUGGCUCGCUGCUUCGUCAUGAAGAGCGAGUACUUCGAGAUCUACACUCAGUACUGCACCAACUACCCAAACUCGGUGGCAGCGCUGACGGAGUGCAUGAGGAUCAAAUCCCUGGCUAAGUUCUUCCGGGAGCGUCAGGCGUCCCUGAAGCGCUCGCUGCCUCUGGGUUCUUACCUGCUCAAACCUGUUCAGAGGAUCCUCAAAUACCACCUGCUGCUCCAGGAGAUAGCGAAGCACUUCGACCCGUUAGAGGAGGGUUAUGAGGUGGUGGAGGAGGCCAUCUACACCAUGACGGGGGUCGCCUGGUACAUCAACGACAUGAAGAGGAAGCACGAGCACGCCGUCAGGCUGCAGGAGGUCCAGUCUCUGCUGCUGAACUGGAAAGGUCCUGACCUCACCACAUACGGGGAACUGGUCCUGGAGGGAACCUUCAAAGUCCACCGAGCCAAGAACGAGAGGACGCUGUUCCUGUUCGACCGCAUGCUGCUGAUCACCAAACGACGUGGAGAGCACUUCGUCUACAAGACACACAUCUCUUGCUCCACGCUGAUGCUGAUGGAAAGCGCCAAAGACUCUCUGAGCUUCAGUGUGACUCAUUACAAACAUCCCAAACAGCCUCACACCGUACAGGCGAGGACGGUGGAGGAGAAGAAGCUGUGGGCUCAUCACAUUAAACGCACCAUUCUGGAAAACCACCACGCCAUCAUCCCUCAGAAGGCCAAAGACGCCAUCUUGGAAAUGAAUCCAACAUACCCUCCACGGUAUCGUUACAGUCCUGAGCGGCUGAAGAAAGCUUCAUCUUUUCAGUCUGAUGAGUUUCACCCAGACGGACGUCAGGGACGACGACAGUCUGAGCCCGACAAACAGACGGUGAAGAGCAGCAAAGAUCUCACAGCAGCCAUCAAGCUGCAGGAGCUCGGGGGAGGCGGAGUCUCUGCUGAUGGCUGCAACAAAGAAAAUGUCAGAUUGUCUGAAGAUGGGGAGGGGGGAGGAGCUAAAGCAACAUUUGAGCAGACCUCCACGUAUAAAACACCACAGAAGAAGACUUCAGAGUCCAAACUGACAGAAAACCUAGAACCAGAAUUCUCCUCUGUUUCCGACGGUUCAUCAACUACGCCUGCCCGGACCUCAGUGUCCCCUCAAAGGUCAGAGCUGAACCCUGAGAGAGAUCCAGAGCACAUAGAGGAGCGGUCCUCCGCCACGCCCGACUCAGACUCUAAAACCCUGAGCAGUGCGGAGUCCUCCGAGGACGAGGAGGACGUGAAGGGGGCAGCAGAGAAAGAGACCGGAGCCAGGAGCAUCCUUCCUUCCUCUGUCCUGGACAAAGCCAGCGCCAUCGCUCAACACUUCACUAACAGUAUAAAACGAGGCAGCCUGGUCCAGGACGACACUCGCUCCCUCGGCUGUGCCUCACCUCGCGUCCUCAGCCGGACCAGCAGCAGCGUCAGUCUCAACCCUGAACCCUCAGACCGAGCUUUGAGGCUCAGCAGUGCCUGUUCUGAUCCUCCAGAGACCUUCGGCACCACAGAUCUGACCCUCCUGUCUCCUCGGGACGAUAGCCUCUUUGACACUGACAGAGGCAUCCGGCGGAGACGGGACUCGACCCUGUCCAAACAGGACCAGAUCCUCAUCGGGAAAAUCAAGAACUACUACGAGAACGCCGAGAGCAGGGAUGCCACCUUCUGCCUCCAGCGCAGGGAGAGUCUGACCUACAUCCCAACUGGGCUGGUGAGGAGCUCUGUCAGCCGGUUCAACUGCCCCCAAAAGGAUGAUCCUGUCCAAACAGACCCCACAGCAGACUCAAAUCCAGCUUUACCCAUAGAGACCCCCGCUCACAUGGUCGCACAUGACUCUUUGGAUCAUUCUAAGGCUGACCUGGCAAACAAAGAUCCAGAAGUCUCAGGAGGAAGGCACAGGUCCAGAUCUCAAACUGUGCAGGACAGUCCUCUUGAGGAAGAGGAGUUCAGACCUUCAUCUGAAAUGAUCAAGAUCUGGCAAACGAUGGAGCAAGAGAUUGACAGAUCCCAAAGUCAGCACGGGGGACACGGUCGAUCUCGUAAAGCUUUAAGAAACUCCAGAGUGCCUGGUGACCUUUCUGAGACCACAAAGACCCCAAACAAACUCAGCGACCGAGACAGUGUGCCAUCUGACCUUAGCACCAUCACAGAGGAAUCCACGAGUCCUCUCUCCCUCAAGCACAAAGCCUCUGGUGUGACUCAGACGGGACAUCUCAGAGACACUCUGAGGACCUUCAGGGAAGAGAUCGUCCUCAGGGCUCAGGUCCCUCGGGUCGCCCAGCUAAGGGCGGAGCUAGAGGGGGAAAGACGCAGCAAGGAUUCAAACCAGCUGGACGAUGCAGACAAAACUAAGAGCAAAGUCCUCCACCUAGCUCGACAGUACAGCCAGCGAAUCAAGACCCCCAAUCCGGCGGUCCGACAGUGCCUCCAGAUCAGCAAGAAGAGCUUACCCUGUGUGGUGGAGGAGAAGGAGAGCGCAGGUAAAUCACACCUGACUCUGCCCCUGGUUUCUCAAAACCAGUCAGCCUCUCUACCACUGAGUCCUGUGGACCAGGUCCCCCCUCCUGCCCAUGGCCUCACCUCUAGUUCAGUGGGCAGCUCCAGAGGGGUUUCCCCGGGCCGGGCUCAGUCCCACAGCCCCCUCAGUCCAACACCUCCCAUCGAGGGCUUCAACUGGCCCGACGUCAGCGAACUCCGCUCCAAGUACGCCAUUCACAGUCGCGCCCAGAAGAGUGCCGUCGGCCGGAGUCGCUCCAUCCCGGAGCAGAUCUCUGAAGGUGUUCUGAGAAGACACUCCAGCUACUUCUCCAGCCUGCCUCGCACAGAUGAUGCUCCAAGUGGGCUUCCUUCCCAAAAUCCUCAGGGGGAGGUUGGCAGAGAGGAACGCACCAAGCGGCUUCUCAGAGCCAACUCUCUGGACCCUCGGCUGUGCGGAGAACAAAUGAUGGAGCUGCUGAAGCUACAGGACCAGGUCUCUAUCGACGGUUUCUACGUCGCAGCUGAGGCGAUGCUACCGAGCGACCCUGAACAGAAGAUCAUCGUGAUGGAGAAGCUUCCAGAGCCUGAGUCGCAGCCCGGGUCAGAACCUGCUGAGACAGACAAUGAAUCCAAAGAAGAUGACAGCUACAUCCAGAUCCGUUCACCAACCAGCAGGGAGAAACUCUCCAUCAUGGCCGUUAUCGACCGCUGCCGGGCCUAUCAGGAGUCUGACGAAUACAAACAGAGGGAGGAAGUGAGAGCCAAAUCUGAUCCUUCGAAGCCUCAAGAGCCGGACACCGCCGCAGCAUCCUCCAACGAUCAGGACGAAGAGUCCCCGAAAACAAGAUCAGGCUGCGGGCUGAAGACGGAGGCGGGUCAGCAGAGCAUGGUGAAGAAUCUGAGGGAAAAGUUCCUGAAUCUGAGCUGAAUAAAAACGCAACCAAAGAACUUCAAAAUAAAACUCAGAGACACUGUAACUCAGAAACUCAGUGUGGAGUCACGCUGAGAGCAGCCAGAGGAAUAAAACACUGACGGAUUUAUCUCUCCUGAUCAUAGAAAGAUUAUAAUUUAAUUUUAAAAAGAACGGAAAACUCUCAACUUGUCUUAAAACUCAUAAAUUAUUUGGCUCUUAAAAAAAAAAAGGAGUGUGAAGAAGACGGUUUAUAUUUCAUACAACAGCUUUUUAUAAAACCAUCUAAAAACAACAGUAUGAAAAUCUUUCCCAGCGUCCUCUCCGGCGUUUUGUAUUUACAUAUUUAAAUGUCUGUCUUUGUUAUGUCCUCACAUUAUAUUUGUCUGAACUCUGUGUAAAGCACCUUUUUGUACAGGAUGUGAGGAUGUGUUUGGAGUUUUUCCUCUGCAGUGAAAAGUUUUUAAAGAAUUGUCAAGACACUAACGUCAUUCAGGUUUUACCGACGUGUUCUCUCUGCAGCUCUUAAAGCGUCAUGUCAGAGCCACAGCAAAGAUUCAGAUUAAAUCUAACCCAUGUGGAUUACUGCUACGAGGACUAACCACUAAAUGUGACUGAACAUAAGGCUGAUUUAUACUUCUGCGUCGAAUCGAUGGCGUAGCCUACGCCGUAGGUCCGCGUAGCUCCCGUACCUACGCAGAGGCCUACGCACGUAGCUGACGUGCACCUCCUCCAAAAUGUAACUACGCGUAGAGCCGACGCGGACCGCAAGCUCUGUGAUUGGUCCGCUCGACGGCUUGGUCUUUCCCGCAUUCACAGCACUUCCGGGAUCCCGGACAUCGGCCACAUAUCGGCCGUGUAUUUCAUCUCCUCCUCUCUAUUCUUCAUGUAAUCAUGUCUGUAUGAUAAACAGCAACAUGUAUCAGCUGUAGAUUAACAGAACACGCUCUGAAACUCUGUGGAAAAGUAAACAGAGAUCGUAGCGGGACCGGAAGCAGGCGACCGGCUAUCAGAGAGACCGCACUGCCCUCAAGCGUUUCGGAGGAGAAUUGCUGCGCGACACGGACACAUCGACGCACAAGUAUGUGGGCUCAUGUCCGCGUCAGCCCCUGCUGCGUAGGGGCGACGCAGAAGUAUAAAUCAGCCUUAAGACUUCCCUUUAUUCUGUCAGAUUAUCAGCUGCUGCUUCCUCUCAGAAGAACGGUCAACUGUUAAAAUAAUCCUCUACUUCUUCGUCCUCUCCACUGUUCAAUAUUUCAGGUAGAUUAUUUUCAUCGGACAGGACAGAAACCAGGAUAUGUUAGCCUAGCUUAGCACAAAGGCCAAAGAUCUGACCGCCCUCGCUCAAAAACUGAAGGCGGGAGGAACUGCUAGCGUAGCAUCUCCAAAAUUCACUUUAAGACACCUCUGUAGUAGGGAUGUACAUUUUAAGUAUUUUCCAUGAUCGAUUUUUGGAAAUGUUAACGAUCAAUUAUCGAUUAAUCAAUAAAAAAAAUUAUAUUCUUAUGUGAAAAACAAAGCCAAAUAUAGUUUUUCCCCCUAAAUUAUAUUUUCUACAGCAAAAACAUGAAUAUAUCUGACGGUAUUGAAUACAUGUUUAACACUGAUAUCAACCAUCAGGCUCGUAAAAAUAUUCUCAACGGACAUGGUCUUAUAAUGUGAAGGCUCAUAAUACUAACAGGAACGUACCAGUCCAGUUUUCUGUCUACUCGUUCUUAUUGAGACAAAUAAACGUGUGUAUUCGGUCAGGUGUCAGCUGGGAGCUCAACCGGGUCAGAAUCAGUCCAGCAGCAGAAAAGCCCAGACGGCUCUGAUGUUGCUGCUCUGCAAACAUAGCGUACGAGCAAUUCCCACCAGUCUGUUGGAUUUGUAUCUGAAGGUGGGAAAUGUCCUGUUUAUAGUUGUCAACCUUCGUGUCUGUGUCGUUGGCAGCAGUUGCGUAUUGUAUAAAAUAUGGACGUAGUAUCCGUGAGCGCUGUUUUGAAGCCAAUUGACGGCGGCAGCCAUAUUGGAAAUGCGGAACUCAACCAGGCACAGUGUGACGUAAAGGGGCGGAGUUUGAGCCUCUUAGCCAACAGCUAUGUGUUCCUUAUUUGGGCAAAAACUCGUAAUCUUAAUACCUUCUGAACCGUCAUGUUAGAAAAAAAUUCACCCCCAUACAGUGUGUGCCGCUAGAGAUUAGCUACGUAGAGCCAAGCCGUUUUUUAAACCAGGCUGUAAACAUGUUUAUUAAUGCUGCAAAGAUCGCCUUUUUCCAUUCAUGUGUAUGUGGUUUCCGGUGUUUCUGCAGCCAGCCUCAAGUGGAUUCUCGAUGAACUGCAGUUUAUAACACUUUCGCAUGGGCUUCAUCGUUUGAAACCGGAGGUUGCCGCUUGAUUGAUCCUCUUUAAAAAAAAAGCGCUCAUGGAGACCUGUCACUCAGCCGCAGCCGCCAGCUGAGCGUCUCCACUGUGGGAAACACCUUUAACAGCUGAUUCACUGAUCAAACCUCCCUGAUAGCUGAACCAAAUAUGAGACCACUUGAUGUUUGUUCCACUUGACAGAAAAUUGCGUGUUUUGAGUUUAAUCCAUAAUCGAUGAAUUGUGUACAUCCCUACUCUGGAGCCUUUAAACUUUAUCCUGAGCCUGACCACAGAAUAAUGCUAGCUAUCGUACCAAAACCACUGAGAGCAGGUAACAUUCAGCUGUUUGAAAUAUCCAAAACGUGUUUAAAAUGUAGAGCAAUUAUGAGAUAUUUAAUAUUUUAGUGUUUGUUUCAGGUCAGUACUAAAUUAUAUACUCAUGUUUAUCUGGGAUGAAAACAGGACUUGAAUCAGACCUCACGUUCAUUUAGCACAUUCAUAAAUAAAUACUGCAUACUAAUCUGUAAAUAAUAAACAUGUACUGAUAGAUAUUCUAUAAAUGAUCUGUAACAAUAAGAUGGUCUCUUUUGAAAUGACUGCACGUUUGAUGGUGUCAGCUCUAGUUUAAAUAUAUAUUCACUGUUUUAUUUUCAGUAGUUUCACAGCUUAUAAUCAGCAGCAUAAUGUCACCAAGACAUGACUUUAAACUGAAGCAUCAAUAGAUGACCCAAUCAGCUCUACUAAAACAUAAUUAUGUAAUUAAACAACAUAAAAACAUGGAUUAAUCUUAAACAAUAAGAGCACGGACGGUUUAAUAUUUUUCCUUUAAAUUGAGCAAAAACAAACAUUUAACCUUCAGUGUACUAUUCUUGUUAUACAUAUAGAAACGUUUAUUAUAAAUGAUUGUAUGUCUUUAUUUUGUGCCUUUAAGUUGGUCAUAUUUAUGUAAAGUUGAUGUACACAUUAGAUUCCCAUUGUUCAUUUAUUUAUUCCAUAAUAGUCUGAUCUUGCUCUCCAUACACAGAAUGUAGAGUGUGUUUUAUUUGACCAGUGGCACGCCGGCAGAUUUUGGGAAUUGAACCUGUGACUCUUGUUUAACCACUAGUCCACCAUGCUCAUCGUGUCCUCAUUCAGUCAUCCACUGUUAGCAUCCUGUACCUGCUGUUGAUGUGACCUGAUGAGAGCAGAAACACUCUCGCUGUGUGUCACUGUGGUUUGAUGUGUGGUUGUACAAACAUGUUUCUAUGAAGUCAGAUGGUGACUGUUCUGUUUCCAUUAAAACCACCAGGUGUACAAGACAAA